GGUGCGAGGUGCGGAGAGGGACUGCGGUUCCGUAACGUGUCCUGCUUUGUGUCAGACGGGUCUGGCCAGGAGGAGGGCAGCCUGGUGGAUGAUGAGAUGUGUGGAAACCUGGAGCCCUUGGUAGAUGGAGACAAGCGGAUCACCCUGGAAGAACCCUGCACCUCGCCCUGUCCAGGUAACUAACUUACCUUGGCCUGCAAUGACUGAGGAUCCAGAGUCCUGGACAGUGGACCCGGUCCCUAGAUAAGAGGCAGCCAAGAUCUGACCAGGAAAAACACCUGACCCUAUGGUCAGUAUAGAUUCACCUCUGAGCAUCCAUCUAAUCUACUAUGUAGUUAGUUCAACACAGCAGUCCUGUUACAAUGUGGAACAUUAAUGGUGUUUUGUAGAUUUUAUAGCUCUAUCUGGUCGAGAAAGCCCCUUGUCCUUCAACAUUAUUUACCAACUAUGCAGAGACAUUUUGCUGUUCCUUUAAGGCUGAGCUGAGUUCACUACUGCCGUUAAAUCACAUUUAUCAGCAGAUGUGCUAAGAGACAUUUAUAUGGUCCUAGCUGUGUUAUAUUCUAGCCCAGCUCUCUCAUAACAUGAAUCUUUUAGGAGCAGUGUCCUGCUGACACUGACUGUAGGCACUGAUGACUGGAUGUUUAGAUUCUCAGAGGCUGGUGCUAAAGAGCCGUCCAACGCCUGCUGCUGUGCCUCAUUCUCUGUGUUGAUGUUGACUGACAUUGUAGGGAAUUCAACAAGCUAGUAAAGUGAGUAUUCUAAGAUUAUAUGAAUACAUGAUUUCUUCAUCUCCAAUGACAUGAAAGUGGAGAUUUUCUCUUCUGAAUAAAAACCUUUCAACGUCAUACAUUUCAGAGAGUUGCUAGGGAAAAAAAGCGGAUCUGAAAACGACUAGUGUGAAUGCAAUUUUGACAGUUCGUAUUUCCUUAUUUUGCCAGUGCCUGUCAAUGACAUAUCCAACGUCCCAUUUUGACAGGUCCAUUGUAGCAGAAGUAGAGCGUUGUGACACAAGCUCAUGCAGCAGAAAAUUGUGUUUGGUGUGUUUGGUGUGUUUGGUGUGUUUGGUGUGUGUGUGUGUGUGCGCGUGUGCGUGUGUGCGUGCUUGUAUGUGUGCGGGUGUGUGUGUGUGCGUGCGUGUGUGUCCAGAGCUGUGCGUUUGGUAGAUGUGGACAUGUGUAGUCAAAGUAAUCUUUGUAGCCUACUUCCCCCCUAUUCUAACAUUCAUAUCACACAAACCCUCAACCUGUGGCCUAAUAAGUUACAUAUCUACAUAGCCAGUCCUAAUCUCCAGUGGUUUAGCUCAGGCAGCCAAGACAGACGGAGCAGGUAUUUAAUCCAGGUGUCCACUCUCUCUCCACAUGAAACCCCACCAGACAUCACCUCUCUCCCCCUCCUCUGCCUCAUCACACCCCUGCCUCCCCUGCCUGAUUGUAGCCCAGUCCAUGGCCCCACCAUGCCUGACACCUGACACAGACAGCAGACAGGUGAUAAUCAUAAAGUGGAUUAGGCCACUUUGGACCUGAUGGCUUUAUGAUUAAUUAGUAUUUAGACGUGUGCUCACUUCCUCUCUGUCACUACAAUAGGAUGAAUUAAUGAAUGGCUCUGACCUAUUCUUAUGGGAAAUGGCCUGUUCUGAGAACACCCUGAUUCAAACUAUAAUGAAAAAUGGGAUCUGGCUCUAUUGGGGAAAUAUCUUCUGAACUUUAUCAGGGAUAGGGUUUAAACCUCUUUUUUUUUAAAUGAGAAUUCUCUGAAGAAGUCUGAGAAGUCUGCCUGGUGACAAUCAGUGUGGAAAUAUAAUGAUAUUCAAAACAAUUUAAGGUCAAAUUCAAGUUUCCCAUUAUAAUUGUGUAGUGCCAGGGUCAGGAAUCUUGUGAUAUGACCAGGAUAGACUCUGGAGUCAUAUUUUUGGUCAGGUUACAUGGUUAACAGUAACGUCUCAUAUAGUACUGUACGUUUUCAACUGUGUGCAGCUAAAUGUGUUGAAAGUUGUGUACUGUGUGUUUCUGUACAGGUGACUGCUACCUGACUGACUGGACAUUGUGGAGCCCGUGCCAGCUGAGCUGUGUCAGUGGAGCUGACCUGGGUUUUGGCUCAGUGCAGGUCAGAUCCAGAGCGGUGCUGGCCCAGGAGCCAGAGAACCUACUGCAGUGUCCAGAACAGGAGUGGGAAGCCCGGCCCUGCACUGGUCAGUCUAUACACACAAACACACAUGCAUGCACACACACACACACACACACACACACACACACACACACACACACACACACACGCACACACACACAAAUGUGCAUUUGUCCCUUCAUGCUAUUAUAUGUAAUAUGAAGUAUGUCUGUACUGACCCAUAUCUCUCCUCCCACUACAGAGGGCCAGUGUUAUGAGUACAAGUGGAUGACAGGAGCGUGGAGAAGCUCCUCUCGACUGGUCUGGUGUCAAAGAUCUGAUGGAUUAAAUGUCACAGGUAUGUGUGUGUGUGUGUGUGUUUGGUUUUACUAUCCUUGUGGGGACCAGAAAUGUCCUCCUCCUUGUGGGGACCAGAAAUGUCUUCACAAGGAUAGUAAAACAAGGAAAAUUCAGUGUGGGAACAUUUAGCCAGUCCCCACAAGGACAAAAGGCUAUUUUAGGCUUAGGGGUUAGGUUUAGGGUUGGGGUUAGAGUUAGAAUUAGGGUUAGGGGUUUGGGGUUAAGGUUAAGGUCAGGGUUAAGGUUAGGGUUAGUGUUUAGGGUUAGGGGUUAAAGAAAAUAUAAUUUUGAAUCAAUCCUUUGUUUGGUCCCCACAAGGAUAGUAAAAAAAAACGUGUGUGUGUGAGUGUGUGCUGCUUAUAUCCCAUCCCCUGUCAGAAUGCAUCCACCAACACUCCUUCUUUUAAACCUAUCCCUUUACAGAUGUGCCUACUUCAUAUGCUGCUGAAUAGAAGUCACUAAACCCUUAUCUAGACUAAGGACGAGUAUUGAGUGGUAGCCUACUGUAGCAUAAGAUUUCAGUCACUGCCUCUCGAUUUAGUAGCUACAUUAUCAUAACUGUAACUCUAUGAAUGUGUGGGAUGUGAAUUAGGUCAUAAGCUCCAAUGAAUAGUACAAUACAGUUCUGCUACAGUCAGCCACCCAGCCCAGCUCCCUCCAGGUGCCUCAGUGGCUGAUGAUGAUGAUGGGGAUAGGGUUAUUUCAAACCCUGUCUCUGCCUGUCGGAGCGAGUGGCGUUUGUUCAUUCGAGGCACUUUCUGACUGCCUGUCACUGUGGAGCCGAGGCCGCUUGUGUGUGUGCAUGCGUUCCUGUGUGUAUGUGUGCGUGCCUUCGAGCGUGUGUGUAUGUGUGUUUGUGUGUGUAGGAGAUAAGGAGGAUUUAAUCCUUGACGAUGACACGUUUUAAUCCUGCUGGCCAUCACACGUCAUCUUUAGGUCUGUGACUGCUGCCUCAGAGCUAGGAGAUUCCAGAGGAAGAGUUACAGUGUAUAUGUCACUUAUCAUAAAGGAUAAAGGAUGUGUGUCUUAUUCAGCAAUUAAUUAUCUGAGGAAUGAAUAACCACUAGCACUGACUUUGCUGUUAACUUCUUUAUUUUGGAAAAAUUUACUUACUACGACUGUGAUAUGUGAUUUUCUCACCUAGCUAUCUUAAGAUGAAUGCACUAACUGUAAUUCGCUCUGGAUAAGAGCAUCUGCUAAAUUACUAAAAUAUAAAUAAGUGAAUGAACAUUUCUGUAAACUAUACACAUGAUGUUUGGUGUGUAGGCAUAGAGUAUGACAUAUCAAAUCAAACUUUAUUUAACAAGCAUUUAUCUAGACAGCUCAAUACACAUUACAUUUGUUAGGUAGGUGUGCAUGAAUCAUGAUAUAGUCUGAAUUCACUCUCACCGUGUAUUAAUGAUGCUAUAGAUCCUAUGCCAAGGCAUUCCACAGCCAUACGAUCCAGAUGGUAUGCAUAUUUUAUGCAUAUUAUAUCAGACCGGUUGAUUGGCAUAUACCCUGUAUUUCCUUGACGUAAACGCUUCCUUUCACGCAAUGUGGCUUCCGCUUAUGAUUUGCAUACGCUGUGUGUGUGUGUGUGUGUGAGUGUGUCCAUGCGCAUCACCAUCAUUAAUAUUCAAGACGUCUUCUAAUAGAUUAGCAAUUUUCUGCCGACAGUAUCAUUUUUAUGAAUAACUUGAGGGAUCCUGUCCAGGAUUACUCUCUGAGUGUUGCUACACAUAUAUCUCUUGUGAAGUGGGAUGUUGAAGUGAAGGAAUUUAGCAAAGUGGUUGAAGCGGACCGUUGCUGACUGGUACAGAGUACUGGGCCUGGCACCUCUUAUUCUCUAAAGCUUGGGUACAUAUUGUAGAAUACCUGCUUAAAAGUACUGUCAAAUUGAAGGGAGCAGUGGAACCUUUUUCAUUCCUUCAAGGACUGAUGCACUGUGUAAAUCACUUUGGAUGAAAGUGUCUGCUUAGUUGCAGAUAUUAUAUUAUGUUGUAUAUAUUAUGAUUAAGCUCAAGACUACCCCUCCCCCUGGCUGCUGUGGUAACCUCUGUUUCUUUCAGCCUGAUUACCGUGGUGCUGUUUAAACGCCUAAUGACAAACCUAGUCUUUACUGCCACCUACAACAUUGUCAUAGAAACCACACUUAUCAGGAAGGAAGGGCUGUAGUACUGACUGAACUGUGAGUCAGUUCUAGUUUCCUCACCAUCACUACUGUAUCCCUCCUCUGUAUAACCUUGGUCUAGUUGGUCUAGUUGGUCUAGUUCCCCCCACCACCACUACAGUAUCCCUCCUCUUAUCUCCUAUACCCUUCUCUUGUGUAUAUUGAUUUACCCAGUGUAGCUCAAAUAAAAGCCUAGUGAGAAAACAGUGAGCCCCUUUCAUUUUGCCUUGAGGCAGUCCACUGCAUUGAUAGGCAGUCCACUGCAUUGAUAGGACAAUGGGAGGGAAUCUCCCUGAGGCAAUCACUUAAAGAGAUGGGGAUGGGGCUAGGGCUGGCCUACCUUCUCUUCCCAGGCAUGACUGCGUCCCAAAUGGCACCCUAUUCCCUGUAUAGUGCACUUCUUUUGACCAGGGCCCAUAGGGCUCUUGUCAAAGUAGUGCACUAUGUGGGAAAUAGAAUGCCAUUUGGGACACAUAAUUGUUGUCCUUGAUAUCUGAAGCUGUAUCAGUGUACAUUUUGCAGUGAGUGCAUCAUCUCACUACAGUACACACAACUCAUCUGAGACCCAGAGAGCUCGGGGAGCUCAGUCUGCUUUCCUGUUUAUGUAAGUGUGUCUGUCUGUACGCUUGCUCUCUGGAAUGGUGCAUACUGCGUGGUGUAUGUCUGAUAAACCAUGAAUUAAUGGGAGUGUCUGUUUUCGUCUGGGUGUUUGGGGAGGAAUUUUGAGCAGCUACCUAUCAGAGUGCCCUAAUUACUGAAGUAUUACAAUAUCAUAUACUGUGAGGGAAAUUAAUUGGGAAGCAUUGGAGGACCCAUUUUUGUUGCUUGCCUCCUGCUGUGGGUGGAGAGAGCGAGAUCUAGCUAGAUAGCGAUAGGAGAGAGAGAUAUAGAGAGAGAGAGAGAGAGAGGAGAGAGAGAGAUAUAGAGAGAGGAGGAGAGAGAGGAGCGCAUAUAUAUAUAUAGCGCUCUGAUUCUCUAUCUCUCCUCUCUCUCCUCUCUAGCGACUCGCUCGCUCUCUCUCUCUCCUCUCGCUCUCUCUAUCUCUCUCUCUCUUCCUCUCCCUUCCUCUUCUCUCCUAUACUCUUCUCUUGUGUAUAUAUAUAUAAAUAUAUCUACUUCACUUGCUUUGGCAAUGUUAACAUAUGUUUCCCAUGCCUAUAAAGCCCUUCAAUUGAAUUUAAUUUAAUUGAGAGAAAAAAUAUGUAAAGAAAGUGAUAUAAAGAAAGAAAGGGAGAGAGAGAGAUUGCAAAAUAGAGAACAGGUGUGUAGAGUCUCUGAUCCAUGUUGCCUGCAGCACAACAGACUGAUAGAAGUACAGUAACAAAGACAGCAGUGAAAGCUGCCCAACAUUCUGGACCACAUGUCCGCUGCUCUGCUGUGUGUGUAUGUUUGUGUGUGUGUGUGUGUCCCCACAAGAAUAGUAAACAAAAAUGUGUUAGUCUCCACAAGGUAAAAUGCUAUUUCUAGGGGGUUAGAAUUAGUGUUAGGUUAGAAUUGGGUUAGGGUUAGUUUUAGGGUUAGUUUAGGGUGUAGGGAAAAUAGGUUUUUGAAUGGGAUUGAAUUGUGUGUCCCCACAAGGUUAGUUGUUCAAGACUGUGUGUGUGUGUGUCUGCUUGUGUACGUCUUGUGUAUACAUGUAUGUGCUUGUCUGCUUGCAUUAGCGAGAUAAUUAAAUGUACAGCAUCUUUAUAUCAUAAAGGGAGACUGCUCCCCAUGGCACCCUCACUUCCAUCCCCUUGCUGCCCCAAACCCCUCCCCACUGAAGCUUGCCCUCUGACCUGUACCCUACAGGUGGCUGCCCUAUGACGGCCCAACCCGUGGCAGACCGAUCAUGUGACCCAGCCUGCAACAGACCACGCUCCUUCUGCACAGAGGUGAGUCUGACAACAGAAAGAGAGAGAGAGAGAGAGAGAGAGAGAGAGAGAGAGAGAGAGAGAGAGAGAGAGAGAGAGAGAGAGAGAGAUUUUAUUUUUCAAUUAUACUUACCCUCUCAAAUAAACUCCCUCUCACAUUAUCAAGCAUCUCACAGGCAAUCCCAGAUCAUUAUAUAUAUAUAUUUUCUUCAAUACAAUACAGUACGGUAUUCUUCAACCCAGUUGUAUUCAAAGGGUGUAUUUGAUUCUCAGUCAUAUGUGAGAGAGAAACAUCCCAUAAUAUACAGCCUGGUCUUUGAAGUGUAGUCUGUCCCUCCUCGGGCUGAGAGCUUCCAGCAUUUGUGUUCACUACAAACGGAGUCAAUUUCCUGGAAACACCAGGGGACCAGUUAAAUGGGUACACUGUUUGUGUGUUUGUAUGUGUGGAGGUGUGUGUGUGUGUUUCUGUCUGUGUGUGUGUGUAUGGGGGAUCGGCACCAUCUAUACACACACCCAUGUCAGAACACAUCAGAACCAGGACUCAGCCCUCUAGUUAGUGCUGCCUGAGGGGGCUGUGAGAGAGAUACAGCAACAUGUCUAGCUCAAAUGUGUCUGUUUGUGUAGUGGGGGUAUUGUGUCAUUGUGUUUGUUCAUAUUUGUGUUGUUAGUCAUCUCCCAUGGCCUGGCUGUGUUUCUGUGUAUAUGACUGUGUGUAAAUGUGUCUCUUGUGCCAGUGUGUUUUUGUGCUUGUAGGUGUGGUCGUGAGUGAAUCACAUUUUUUCUGUCCAUCAUUCCCUAUUUUUGUGUCUGUCUAUGUGUUCGUGAAUGUAUGUGUGCACAUGUACAUGCAGGUUAGGGUGUGGAAGGUGUGUAUGCCAGCCUCAGUCUCAGCAGUGUGUUGUGUAGCCCCAUGCUGCAGUACAGAACCUGCUGCGUGUUCAUCCUGCCCCUCUCUUUGUCUGCCACUUUGGUUAUGCUAAUCAGCCCUCCUGUUUCCUGCCCUGUUCUCUCAUCCGCCGGCCCUGUGUGUGUGAGUGUGUGUGUGUGUGUGUGUGUGUGUGUGUGUGUUCAGACAUACAGCCACUGUUUGCAUUGUGGAUAUUUCAUCUCGGGGUGAUUAUCCUCUGGAGGUUGCCGGGGAAUAGGGGAACCCCCACCAAGCACAGGCAGAUGAUUGAACAGAGAGAGGGAGAAGAAAGAGAGAAAGAGAAUGAAACCCCCCUGGGCUGGCAGAUGAGUGAUCUGAGAGAGAUAGAGGGAUGAGUGAACAGAGAGAAAGAAUAGGGGAAACCUUUGGGCUGGCUGGCUGUAUACCCCAACCCCAACAGACCCCACCCUUUAAAUCUCAGAGAAUGAAUUUCUGUCUGAUCCCCCCCCCCCUUUCUCAAUGCAGCACUAGCAUCACAAAGGGGAUUGAAACGUGUGAUAGUUCAUUUUAAUACUGCCAAGAUAUGAGCCUGAGCUAAAGCUGAGUGAUGAUUCAUUCGAUUACACCUGGGAAUAUUUGAUAACAAAUAACCUCACUCCGUCACCAGCCUCCGACUGCAUUAUUUGCUGUACUAAAAGGGAUGAAACUGACAAAAAUGCCUUGUAUCCAUGUUUUGAUUUUAUAAUGGCGGUGUGUGUGUGUGAAUUGUGUGAUUCUCAUCAAGUGCACCAAUUGCUAAACAUCUCCAACACACCUGCAAAGCAAAAGCUCCGGCUGCCACACCGUAGACCCAUGUCUUCAGUUUACCAUCUGUAGGACACAUCACACACACUUAGGACACUGACUAACUCCAGUGACAGCUCACAUUGGACUAUAAUGUGAAUGGCUUUGGUGCAGAUCCAUUCGUGUGCAUAGAGGGCAGCAGUACACCAAAUAUUUUCCAGAUCAUCUAUUGUGUGUAAAUUAUUAUGCAUUUCAUUUAUACGUGUGUGUAACUCCUUUCCUCUCCCAGGCGGGUGUGUGUGGCUGCGAGGAGGGCUACACGGAGGUGAUGACUUCAGACGGCCUGCUGGACCAGUGUACGGUGAUCCCCGUGUUAGAGAUCCCCACGGCGAGGGACAACAGGGCUGACGUGAAGACCAUCAGGGCAGUCAGCCCCACACAGCCCUCCAACAGCCUGCCUGGCCGUGCCGGACGCACCUGGUUCCUACAGCCCUUCGGACCAGGUACACUAACCAGACAGAUUUACUCUAUCAAUUUACGGGACAGUAGGGAACCAUCCAAGAGAUUUGUUCUUGGUUGUUAUUAUGUGGUAUUUCGAAUCUUGUUAGAAUAUCGGCCUAUACUCUGUAGAAAGUAAAUGUGAAUAUAUUCCGAAAUUAUAACAGAAUUUUCAGCAGAGCUACAUUCUGCAUUGUCAUUCCCGGUAGCCACAAAUUGUUUUUGCACAAAUCCCCUAAUGACAUCAGGAAAUGAUAUGAACAGAAGUUUUACACCGCCAUUUAUGCACACAUUUAGGAUUAGGCCCAGAAUUUCUCAUCCUCAAAAUAUCCAUCAUUUCUACUCAUGUGUGAUGUGAUGUGCUGGAUCUUAAUAUUUACAGCAAAGUGAAAGUACAAUCCACCAAUAAUAAUUUACACACAAUAGAUGAUCUGGAAAAUAGUUGGUGUACUGCUGCCCUCUAUGCCCAGGAAUGGAUCUGCACCAAAGCCAUUCACAUUAUAGUCCAAUGUGAGCUGUCACUGGAGUUAGUCAGUGUCCUAAGUGUGUGUGAUGUGUCCUACAGAUGGUAAACUGAAGACAUGGGUCUACGGUGUGGCAGCCGGAGCUUUUGUUUUACUCAUAUUUAUAGUCUCCAUGACCUUCCUAGCCUGGUAAGUUAAUCUGUUUGAUACUUCUUUAUGUAUGUCAGUCAUCUGUAUGUCACCGGUAUGUAUGUAUGUACACUGAACAAAAAUAUAAACACAACAUGCAACAAUUUCAAAGAUUUUACUGAGUUACAGCUCAUAUAAGGAAAUCCGACAAUUGAAAUAAAUUAAUUCGGCCCUAAUCUAUGGAUUUCAACAUGACUUGGAAUACAGAUAUGCAUCUGUUGGUCACAGAUACCUUAAAAAAAAGUUAGGGAUGUGGAUCAGAAAACCAGUCAGUAUCUGGUGUGACCACCAUUUGCAUCAUGCAGCGCGACACAUCUCCUUCACAUAGAGUUUAUCUGGCUGUUGAUUGUGGCCUGUGGAAUGUUGUCUCACUCCUCUUCAAUGGCUGUGUGAAGUUGCUGGAUAUUGGCGGGAACUGGAACACGCUGUCGUACAUGUAGAUCCAGAGAAUGCCAAACAUGCUCAUUGGGUGACAUGUCUGGUGAGUAUGCAGGCCAUGGAAGAACUGGGACAUUUUCAGAAUUGUGUACAGAUCCUUGCGACAUGGGGCUGUGCAUUAUCAUGCUGAAACAUGAGGUGAUGGCGGUGGAUGAAUGGCACGAUAAUGGGAUCUCGUCACAGUAUCUCUGUGCAUUCAAAUUGCCAUCGAUAAAAUGCAAUUGUGUUCGUUGUCCGUAGCUUAAGCCUGCCCAUGCCAUAACCCCAUUGACACCAUGGGGCACUCUGUUCACAACAUUGACAUCAGCAAACCGCUCACCCACACAACGCCAUACACGCUGUCUGCCAUCUGCCCGGUACAGUUGAAACUGGGAUUCACCCGUGAAGAGCACACUUCUCCAGCGUGCCAGUGGCCAUCGAAGGUGAGCAUUUGCCCACUGAAGUUGGUUACGACGCCGAACUGCAGUCAGGUCAAGACCCUGGUGAGGACGACGAGCACACAGAUGAGCUUCCCUGAGACGGUUUCUGACAGUUUGUGCAGAAAUUAUUCGGUUGUGCAAACCGGACAGCUGUCCAGGUGAAUGGUCUCUGACGAUCCCGCAGGUGAAGAAGCCGGAUGUUGAGGUCCUGUGCUGGCGUGGUUACGCGUGGUCUGCGGUUGUGAGGCCGGUUGGAAGUACUGCCAAAUGGUCUAAAACAUUGUUGGAGACGGCUUAUGGUAGAGAAAUAAACAGAACAUUCACUGGCAACAGCUCUGGUGGACAUUCCUGCAUUCAGCAUGUAAAUUGCACGCUCCCUCAAAACUUGAGACAUCUGUGGCAUUGUGUUGUGUGACAAAACUGCACAUUUUAUAGUGGCCUUUUUAUUGUCCCCAGCACAAGGUGUACCUGUGUAAUGAUCAUGCUGUUUAAUCAGCUUCUUGAUAUGCCACACCUGUCAUGUGGAUGGAUUAUCUUGGUAAAUGAGAAAUGCUCACUAACAGGGAUGUAAACACAUUUCUAGAGAAAUAAGCUUUUUGUGCAUAUGGAAAUUUCUGGAAUCUUUUAUUUUAGCUCAUGAAACAUGGGACCAACACUUUACAUGUUGCGUUUAUAUAUAUAUUUAGCAUAUGUAUGUACAGUGGGGAAAAAAGGAUUUAGUCAGCCACCAAUUGUGCAAGUUCUCCCACUUUAAAAGAUGAGAGAGGCCUGUCAUUUUCAUCAUAGGUACACGUCAACUAUGACAGACAAAAUGAGAAAAAAAAUUCCAGAAAAUCACAUUGUAGGAUUUUUAAUGAAUUUAUUUGCAAAUUAUGGUGGAAAAUAAGUAUUUGGUCAAUAACAAAAGUUUCUCAAUACUUUGUUAUAUACCCUUUAUUGGCAAUGACACAGGUCAAACGUUUUCUGUAAGUCUUCACAAGGUUUUCACACACUGUUGCUGGUAUUUUGGCCCAUUCCUCCAUGCAGAUCUCCUCUAGAGCAGUGAUGUUUUGGGGCUGUCGCUGGGCAACACAGACUUUCAACUCCCUCCAAAGAUUUUCUAUAGGGUUGAGAUCUGGAGACUGGCUAGGCCACACCAGGACCUUGAAAUGCUUCUUACGAAGCCACUCCUUCGUUGCCCGGGCGGUGUGUUUGGGAUCAUUGUCAUGCUGAAAGAUCCAGCCACGUUUCAUCUUCAAUGCCCUUGCUGAUGGAAGGAGGUUUUCACUCAAAAUCUCACGAUACAUGGCCCCAUUCAUUCUUUCCUUUACACGGAUCAGUCGUCCUGGUCCCUUUGCAGAAAAACAGCCCCAAAGCAUGAUGUUUCCACCCCCAUGCUUCACAGUAGGUAUGGUGUUCUUUGGAUGCAACUCAGCAUUCUUUGUCCUCCAAACACGACGAGUUGAGUUUUUACCAAAAAGUUCUAUUUUGGUUUCAUCUGACCAUAUGACAUUCUCCCAAUCCUCUUCUGGAUCAUCCAAAUGCACUCUAGCAAACUUCAGACAGGCCUGGACAUGUACUAGCUUAAGCAGGGGGACACGUCUGGCACUGCAGGAUUUGAGUCCCUGGCGGCGUAGUGUGUUACUGAUGGUAGGCUUUGUUACUUUGGUCCCAGCUCUCUGCAGGUCAUUCACUAGGUCCCCCCGUGUGGUUCUGGGAUUUUUGCUCACCGUUCUUGUGAUCAUUUUGACCCCACGGGGUGAGAUCUUGCGUGGAGCCCCAGAUCGAGGGAGAUUAUCAGUGGUCUUGUAUGUCUUCCAUUUCCUAAUAAUUGCUCCCACAGUUGAUUUCUUCAAACCAAGCUGCUUACCUAUUGCAGAUUCAGUCUUCCCAGCCUGGUGCAGAUCUACAAUUUUGUUUCUGGUGUCCUUUGACAGCUCUUUGGUCUUGGCCAUAGUGGAGUUUGGAGUGUGACUGUUUGAGGUUGUGGACAGGUGUCUUUUAUACUGAUAACAAGUUCAAACAGGUGCGAUUAAUACAGGUAACGAGUGGAGGACAGAGGAGCCUCUUAAAGAAGAAGUUACAGGUCUGUGAGAGCCAGAAAUCUUGCUUGUUUGUAGGUGACCAAAUACUUAUUUUCCACCAUAAUUUGCAAAUAAAUUCAUUAAAAAUCCUACAAUGUGAAAAUUAUUUUAUUUUUUUAUUUUUAUUUUUAGAAAAUGAUGAAAAUUACAGGGCUCUCUCAUCUUUUUAAGUGGGAGAACUUGCACAAUUGGUGGCUGACUAAAUACUUUUUUCCCCCACUGUAUGUAUGUAUGUAUGUAUGUAUGUAUAUAUGUAUGUAUGUACUGUAUGUAUGUAUGUAUGUCAUCACCUGUAUGUAUAUGUCUUCAUGGUCACAUCAGUUUUCAUUUACCCAUUCAUUUUAAUUUCAAAUCAUGUCAUUAUCUGUACUUUUUCUUUCCAUCUCUCUCCCCACCUCAUCCAUUCAUCUCUCUCCCCACCUCAUCCAUUCAUCUCUCUCCACACCUCAUCCAUUCAUUCCUCUCCCCAUCUUAUCCAUUGAUCUCUCUCUUUUCACCCCCCCCCCCCCCCCCCCCCCCCCCCCCCCCCCCCCCCCCCCACCACCUCCAUGCACCAUCAGUCGGUGUUACUCGAACCCUGACCAGUGUACUGAUACGGUGGUCUGGAUGGGACAUAACGAUCAUACCAUGGCUUAUACGUGUCCUGACUGCCAGCAUGAGGCACACAAACUAGAAAAACAACAUCAAUAUCAACAUCAACAACAACCGCAUCAAAAUCAUUAUCAAGAUCAACAACAAUUACAACAGCAAACACAUCAAUAUCAUCAAAAUCAUCAACUACAACCACUACCACAAAAUCAAUAUCAACAACCACAACUACCACAACAAAAUCAACACUAUCAGCAACAACCAUAUAAUCAACAACAUCAAUAUCAACUACAACCACAACAGCAUCAACAAAAAAAACAUAAUAAUCAACCUAAUCACCAACUACAACCACAACGCAUUGAAACACUCAUAACGUAGGGGUCCUGACCUAAUGGCGGCCCUCGCUGCAGUGUUCACACAAACUACCCUACCCCUUCGUCUUUCUCUCCUCCCCACAUCUGCUGUCACAUGUGCCUGUCCGACCAAUCACAUGGAGCUAUUGAUGGAGGUGAGCAAGAAGUCAUCCCCCAUGUCCCUAUGUUUGACCCCUGACCCCUCUGUGAUCCUGGAGUAUGUUCAGUAGUCUUUAGAGCACCAUACUGAAACAUGCUAUGUACGGCAUCCAUUUUAGGAAGUCCCUUGGUUGCAGUUACUCUAUAAAAAUGAUGAGCAGCUUUCACUUUCAAUAGCAUACUGCCCUCUUGUGGCCAGAUGGAAGAAUCACUCUUCACAUUUUUUCUUUUAUUUAUUUUUUGUCAUUUAGCAUACGCUCUUAUCCAGAGCGACUUACAGUUAGUGAGUGCAUAAAUUUUUUCAUACUGGUCCCCCGUGGGAAUCGAACCCACAACCCUGGCGUUGCAAGCACCAUGCUCUACCAACUGAGCUACACGGGACAUAUUCAAUGAUCCCUCAUCCCUUGCCAUUCAGUCUCUCAUUCGUUCCACCCAUUCUUCCCUAUCUAUUCAUGAUGGACACAAAUAAGAUAUCUUAUUCACAUUUUAUAUAUAUUUAUCAUUGUGUUGUUAUUGUCUCCCAUCCCUGUGGUUUUUAUGUAAAGUUGUGAUGUGUGAUAUGUUAGAGCCUGCUCAGACAUGCUAUAGUGUUGUCCUCAUUAUGUACCUAUAGUUAACUGUCUACACUGUCUCUGUGUGCCAUAGCCUAGUUUGAAUUAAGGUGAGUGGGAACUGGUUGAGUGGGAAAUGUUCUGGGCUGAAAAAAAAGCUGCUUUCUGUACUGUGCUUGUCCCCCUCGUCAUCUUCCUUCAGAGUCCAAUCUCUCUCACAUGCCUCAAUAUAAAAAGAAAUGAUAGCAGCUGUUGAAAUUGUCCAUGAAGUGUUGCAUCAUCCACCACAGCAUAAUUUCAAUGCUAGGACAAGGGGCACUGAAAUGUGCUUCUGAAAUUUGCCUCACUAACUAGUUCUGCAACCAACAGAUCUGUCAAUUUUCCUUAAAGUACAAUGGCAGUAUAGGAACAGAAUCGUUGGCUAUUUCAGUAUUGCCUUUGCAUGAUCGAAGAACUGACCAUAUACUAAAAGCAUGGCCUUCAAGCAGAGUGAUGCAUGCAACUCUAACAUGAGGUAAAUUACCCAACUGAAAGUUGUGGCGUUUUCAAAAGAUAGCAGAGCAAGCUCUGUGUAUCAGGUGGGGGUAACGUAGCCCUGAUAUGGAUAAAUUCUUUAUUAUUAUGGUAUAUAGGCCUACAUAUUAAGGCUAUGGGUAUCUACAUUUCCUCUUCAAUAAUUGGAAUAUAAAACAUGUAAUAGCAAUGUUUUCUGCAAUUUUUCUUUCCUAGUAAAAAGCCAAAGAAACCCCAGAGAAGACAGAUGUAUAACAACCGGCUCAAGCCCCUGACCCUGGCCUAUGACGGAGACGCUGACAUGUAA